CAGAAUAAUCGAAACGUCGUUGUUUUGGUGAGCCAUACCCAUAAUUCCAUAAACGAGGGAGUCUGGUAAACGGCUGCUUCGCUGCUUCUACCGUCUACUUCUGAGCUCGCUCAAUCCGACAGUCGAAGAUGGAGAACACGGCGAUUUUGAGAGAGUGGUUCGAGCGAGUCGACUCGGAGAAAACCGGAAGCAUCACAGCGUCUCAGCUCAAGAGAGCUUUUGCUGCGGGAAACCUGGAAUUCUCCGCCUCAGUUGUUCAGCAGAUGAUCAGAAUGUAUGAUUUUGACCGGAACGGAACAAUGAGCUUCGAAGAAUUUUUGGCUCUUAACAAGUUCCUUCUCAAGGUUCAGCAAGCAUUCUCAGACUUCGAGAGGGGUCGUGGAUUUCUUGUUCUUGAUGAUGUUUACGAGGCAUUGAUGAAAAUUGGAUUCUCCUUUGACAGCCCUGCUUUUUACUCCGUCUGUGAGAGCUUUGAUUCGAAGAAGAAUGGGAGAUUCCAGCUGGAUGGCUUCAUAUCACUUUGUAUAUUUGUACAAUCUGCCCGAAACCUGUUUAAUUCCUUUGAUACAGCUAAGCAAGGCAGGGUGACUCUUGAUCUCAACCAAUUUAUCUACUGCACUGCCAAUUGUAGGAUAUGACAUCAAUUGCUUUAUCAGAGGUCCACAUGACACCGUAAUGUAAAAUGCUUAUGUACAUUGGAAUAUUGAUUACAAGUCUUCUCUACGAGUAGGGGAGACAAUUUUCCCUUCGUUUUUUUGGGUCUCAUAACCCCGUCAUCCCCAACUCCCCUCAGACGCCAAAAAGAAAAGAAAAAAAAAGGGGUAAGGCUAUUUUGAGGAGCUUGUAUUUCAAGUCCUGGAUUUCAUUUUGUGUAGAUUUAGACCAAAUUCAAAUGUAAAACUAUGGAUUUUAAGUUUUGAAUUUUAAAAUUUGUGGAGAUUUGAAAGAAAUUUGUAAUACAAUUAUAUUUUGUUUAAGCUCACCAUUAACUAAAUCCAAGAGUUGAAAAGUUGAAUGUGUAA